UAACCUUCAGCACUAUAUGCUGAUGACAGAGGGAUUGUUUGGAUCACCCAUUCACCAUCUGAUCAGGGAACUCCCUCAGGAGACAUAGCACUGAAGAUUUUUUUUCUUCCUCAAAUGUGAUCGACCCCAAGGGUUUCGGGAUUCUUUGGUUUUUGAGUGAGAAGCUGUAAAAGCGUAGCAAGAGGCAGGUUGGACAGAGGCUGAGCUAGAUCAGUUUAAUCCUGCAGAGGGAACGCGGCAGCGGCGUAAGAUUGGAGACAGGCUGAGGAAAGAUGGGUGUGCAGAAGGAUGAUGUGGAAAAGUUCCUUCAAGGAAACCCUGCUUUUGCAAAGCAGUACUUUGCCAAGAAGAUGGGCUCCAGCACCAUAUCCAAGCUGUCUGGACUGCCCGAAAAACAGGUAGACUUCAGUCAGUUCCAAGAGCUUGGUCAGGUGGAGGAAAGCAAAAUUCUGUACGACCUGAUUAAAGACAUGCAGGAGAACAUCAACAUGGAGAAGGUGGUGUUCAAGAUCCUGAAGAGAAUCUGUGCUCUCGUGCAUGCGGAUCGGUGCAGUCUGUUCAUGUACAGACAGAGAAACGGCAUCGGAGAGCUCGCCACCAGACUCUUCAACGUCCACACGGAUGCACGGCUGGAGGACUGUGUGGUGCCGCCGGACUCGGAGAUCGUGUAUCCACUGGACAUGGGAAUCGUCGGGCACGUGGCCCAGACCAAGAAGCCGGUCAAUGUGAAGGAUGUCAGUGAGAACCAGUACUUCAGCUCCUUUGUUGACGAUCUCACCGAGUUCAAGACAAGAAACAUCUUGGCAGCGCCCAUCCUGAACGGCAAAGAUCUGGUGGCUGUCAUCAUGGCUCUCAACAAGACCACGGCUCCACAUUUCACCGCAGAGGACGAAGAUCUCUUUUUAAAGUAUUUGAAGAUUGCUAGCUUAAACUUGAAGAUCUUCCACCUGAGUUAUCUUCACAACUGCGAGACACGCAAAGGACAGCUGUUGCUGUGGUCGGCCAACAAAGUGUUUGAAGAGCUGACGGACAUUGAGAGACAGUUUCACAAAGCCUUGUACACGGUCCGAGCCUACCUCAACUGUGACAGAUACUCAGUAGGAUUACUGGACAUGACAAAAGAAAAGGAGUUUUUUGACAUCUGGCCUGUGUUGAUGGGAGAGCAGCCUCCUUACUCUGGACCAGUCACACCUGAUGGACGGGAAGUCAUUUUUUACAAGGUGAUUGACUACAUUUUACAUGGAAAAGAAGAUAUCAAAGUUAUACCCAACCCUCCAGCCGAUCACUGGGCGUUGAGUAGCGGCCUGCCGACCUACGUGGCGGAAAGUGGCUUUAUUUGCAACAUCAUGAAUGCAGGAGCUGAGGAAACGUUCAAGUUCCAGACGGAGCCCCUGGACAGCAGCGGGUGGACCAUCAAGAACGUUCUCUCCUUGCCAAUCGUCAACAAAAAGGAAGAGAUCGUCGGCGUGGCAACAUUUUACAACAGGAAAGAUGGAAAACCUUUUGAUGAUCAGGACGAGCAGCUCAUGGAGGCUUUGACACAGUUUCUGGGUUGGUCAGCGUUAAACACUGAUACAUAUGACAAGAUGAACAAGCUGGAGAACAGGAAGGACAUCGCCCAGGACAUGGUGCUCUACCAUGUCAAAUGUCGGGACGAUGAAAUUCAGAACAUCCUGAACACCCGGGAAGUCUUCGACUGUGAACCAAGAGACUGUGAAGAAGACGAACUGUUCAGUAUCUUGAAAAAAGAUCUACCUCCACUCAUAAAGAAAUUUGAAAUCUAUCAAUUCCACUUUUCGGAUUUUAACUGCACAGAGAUGGAACUGGUCAAGUGUGGAAUCCAGAUGUACUAUGAAGUCGGCGUGGUGAAGAAGUUCCAGAUUCCGCAGGAGGUUCUGGUCCGUUUCAUGUACUCCGUGAGCAAAGGAUACCGAAGAAUCACCUACCACAACUGGCGCCAUGGGUUCAACGUGGGACAAACCAUGUUCACACUCCUGACGACAGGAGUGCUGAAGAGGUACUACACAGACCUGGAAGUGAUGGCCAUGAUAACAGCAGGCUUCCUUCAUGAUAUUGAUCACAGAGGGACCAACAAUUUGUACCAAGUCAAGUCAGGAAACCCUCUGGCAAAGCUGCAUGGCUCCUCCAUCCUGGAGCGUCACCAUCUGGAGUUUGGAAAGUUUCUCUUGGCUGAUGAGUCACUAAAUAUAUACCAGAAUCUUAACCGGCGGCAGGUGGACCAUGUGAUUCAUCUUACUGACAUCGCCAUUAUCGCCACUGACCUGGCUCUUUACUUCAAGAAAAGAACCAUGUUUCAGAAGAUUGUCGACCUUUCCCACACAUACGAGGAUGAGAAGAAAUGGGUCGAUUUCAUGUCUCUGGAAACCACCAGAAAAGAGAUUGUCAUGGCAAUGAUGAUGACUGCGUGUGACCUGUCUGCCAUCACCAAACCUUGGGAGGUUCAAAGCAAAGUGGCUCUGUCUGUAGCAGCAGAGUUUUGGGAGCAGGGCGACCUGGAAAGGACGGUGCUGGAACAACAGCCAAUUCCAAUGAUGGACAGAAACAAGGCUGCAGAGCUUCCGAAGCUGCAGUGUGGUUUCAUUGACUUUGUCUGCACCUUUGUCUACAAGGAGUUUUCUCGCUUCCAUCCCCAAAUUCAACCAAUGUUAGAUGGAAUCUUAAACAACAGGAAGGAGUGGAAUGCAAAAAAAGAGGAGUAUGAGGCCAAACUCAAAGCUAUUGAAGAUGCAAAGGCAGCAGCUGCUGCCAGUAAAGCUCCAAACACACCCAGUGGUGGAGGCUCCAAGACCUGCUCCAUUUGUUAAACUGCUGAAGAGCUCUCCAUCUGAAGAACAGGUGACUGACCGAACACCACGGCUCACAAGCAGGGAUGAAGAAUAUUGAGCGCUUCCGUCUUUCAGUUCUUUUGAAAUUCUUACAUAUUCUUAAAGAAAUAUCUAAAAAAAGUCUUCAUACAAUUUAACUCAAGGAAUGGACUAAAUUCCUCUUAGGAAUUGGUGAAAAAUAGUUGAAAUACAGUGCGUUUCAGGAUAAGUAAACAGAACAAUCCAAAAUUUAUUUUUAUAAAUCCACAUUUCAUUGGAAGACGACUAUUUUGAAUGAUGUCUUAAGUCGUAUAUCUUUUUUUAAAUAAUACCAACUGUUAAUUUUAUGCUUUUGACAUGUAGAUGAUGAGCCACUUUAGCUAUACUUUGGUCAAUACUUGGUGGUUUUCAUCAAAUUAAGUUAACAGUAAAAAAAAGGUUUUCCCCAUCUGCAACCAGCGAGGGACAGUACUUGAAUGUUGGAUGUGUAAACAUUAAUGUCAAUGUUAAUUAAAUUGUACGCAAGAUAUGCAAAAGAGGAUGCUCCUCUCCAAUCUUUUUCUCCACACAAUAAAGAAAAAAAAAUAAGAGUUUGAAAUAGCUAAAGCAAAUACU